GUAAAUGUAGGAGUUGUGAAUGUUGGAAAAUUGGCUGGGCAAAAGUCCCGGGAAAUCUGGGAACUCCUGGAAUUAUUCUGAACUUGGAAAAUGCUAGUUAUAAUGUCCAAGGUGUAAUGGGGUUGUGUGUGGAUGGUGGAACGCUUCAAAUUGGGUGGGAAAUGUGGCAGUUGUGCAUGUUUGAAAAUUGGUUGGGCAAAAAGUCUCGGAAAACCGGGAAAUCUGGGAACUCCUGGAAGUAUUUUGAACUUGGAAAAUGGUAGUUUGGUUGUUGAAGGUGAGAUCAGUGAGUGUGUGAAUACUUGGGCAUUGACACAAUGAAAGCAGUAAGAAAACAAUCAGAAAUAAUACAAAUUCUGACAGUGUUUUUAGCUGCCUUGGUGUUGCUGCCAAUGGUCGACCAGCUGAACUGACGUCAUUCUGGCUGCGCAAACAAACGCGAGGUCAAAAACACCGUGGAGUUGAUUUCACACACACUCUCGGUGUCCUGCAGUCAUGAUCCUGCUGGGCCCCAGUCUCUGCCUUCCGUUGCAGGCCACCGUCCAGGAGCUCUUCCUGGUGGCGCGAGACGCCAACGCCAUCCCGGACAUCUCCUUGGAUCCCGUCCUCACCACUUUCCUGUCGUUGGACUCGUCGGCGGCGCUGCAGCACCAGUACGCCUCCUUGCAGCGCGGCAUGAACGACCAGCAACAGGAAGCGUUCGGCCUCCGCCUGAACCGAGAGUUAGGGGGCGACAGGGUCAGCGGCGGCGGCGUGGGUGUUGUCGCUCUGGCCCUGUCCUUACUGCUGGACCACGUCGCCCAGCAGGUCCGACGCAACACCUCUUCAACCGAAGCCGACCGAUCGCCCGUGACAACCAAGAAGAUUUUUGGCAUCAGCGCUGCUUCACGAAUCGGCCUGAUUACCAAAACCUACCUCAGCUUGAUCCCCGCAAUUGCAAAUGACGUCGACACCGUGGCCGAGACCACCGAGAUCUACGACAACUGGCUCAAGCUGGAGAUGCUGGAUCAUUUCCACCGGAUGAACGCCAAAAAGAGGAUGAGCUCCGUGGCUAUGCAGCAGUGGUUGACAGGAGCUGCCGUUCAUCUGCACAUGAGGAUCCACCAGGUUCGGCUUCAUUCGGUGCCUCCAGGCUCAGCGGAGUCCCUCCGUUUGUCUUACAAGACGGCGCUGAAUCGCCUGGUGCAGGGCUACACGGUCUACCUUUACAGGAACGUUCAGGAGACUGCACCUUCAGCGCCACGGGACCAACGGACCAACGAGACCUGCUCCAGUCCACUGACUUUCAGCUCAAACAGCACAGCUUGUAAGAGUGAUGAGUCGGCGUCCCCGGAAGGCCAUGAAGAUGACGAUAGAGGCGCCAGGCGGGGUCUACUGGUCAUGGAGGGCGGGAGGAACGUCAGUCAUGACGUGCAGCAUCACCCGUGCGAGUCUCCCGCCAUACAACGAGCUUUGGUGCUGCGCAUCAUCAAUGCACAAGACCUGGAACAGAGCAGAAAUGUUUUUUUGUAUCCCAAGAAGGUCUUCUACCGCCUUGUUGGGCAGAAGGAAGACUUUCAGUUGAGGGCAAACUAGAUCACAAAUGUUCACUUCAUUGCUUUGGAACUUGAAGGCUUGGAAAUAAAAUUAAAAUUCAAA